AGGCUGUGCUUAUUCUCGCUCUGAUUCAAUGCGUUUCUGUCCAAAAGAUGAAAAAAUCAAAGUGCGAAAAGAAAUAUCAAAACUUCACCAUGAGUGCAACUCUAGUUCAUCGUAGCUAAGCACUAUACGAUUUCAAGCUCCUUGCGUAGGAAGAAGAAGAGUUGUAAGAGACUCGUGUGCCUGCCCCGCUACUAGGCGCUCGGUCUCUAGGUAGAGCUGCUCUUCUUACCUCCGGUAGAUCAUCACAAUCGAACAGAUCGCAAGAUGGCUUCGGCAUUUUCCAGCUCCGACGUUUAUGGCGGAGGGGCGUCUUUCAGUAAGAAGGCUCAACAAGCAAGCUCCGCCUCGAUGAAGGAUUUCGUUCUAUCCGCGGACGAUGAAAACGAUGCGGAUCUUUCCAGCGGAAAUCGGGAAGAGCUGAAGUCCUAUCUCGCGAAGAUUGCGGCGCCGAAGGCCAUGGUAAGCAAGACGUACCUGGGGAACGGGAAGUGGAGCAAAUCCUCGGUGCGGGUGGUGUGCGUCGACAGCGAGAAGCUCGACCAUUUGCAAUUUUCCGACGCGUGGGUGGGCAACGAUGACGACGUGAAAGUGGGCGACCUGGUGUCGGUGCCCAUCGCGGACCUGGGGGCCAUCACGCCCAUCCCGGAUUCCAAUCUGCUCUUCAUCGAGGAUCUGCUGCAGUUGCAGUGCUAGGCAGCGCAAAAGCAUCAGACUGUGUAGUUGUACCUAAGAGUCGCGUCUUCACAAGAGUCAGGUGAAAAUGCAGUUUCGAAUGCUGUUGAAUGGCGGGGCAAUAUAUGAAAUAGAUUUCUCAACAUGUUGUAUGUAGAUGUAAUCAAUGAAUUAUGAGAAUGCAAUAAAGAAAACGAAACACCAAUGCGAUACUUUUGCAAUGCAUAGACUUGAAACGGUGGAGGAGCUGAAAGCCUGGGUGAUUGGCUUGUCCGUGCUGAAAAAGGUCGUGCCGGGAACGGCCAGUCCGGAGAAGGUUUCGCCGUCCAAGUACGAUUUCGAGGGGGCAGAAGAGUCGAAGGGAAAGCAAGCGGCCUUGGCAGCAGAAGAAGCGGAAAUUAAGGCACAGAUUGAAUCCUUUCAGACGAAGUUGGACUCGCAGUAUGCAGGUAACGAUUUGGAUUUCGAUUUCGCGCUAAAAGUAGACAAAAUGUUGAAAAAUUGUGUCUUUAUGAGCAUGAUGACAAGAUAGCUUAUACCUGAACCUCGAUCUUCUCGAUAAAGAAGAGUUUCAAUUUCCCAACAGCGAUCCUGGAGCAGAUGGGCAAGAACGAUGAGGAAGAGGAGGCCGCCCUGGGUGCUACGCUGGAUGAGGAGGACCGAAAAUUGCUCGAGGAGGCCAUUGCGUACGAGAAGAAGCACGCAGCGGGGAGCAAACAGGAUGAGGUGGACCUUUUGAAGCAGCUGUGUGACGAAAAGGAUGCCACCAUCGACAUGCUGUCAAAGCGGUUGGAGCACAGUUUGGCCAUGCUGAAAGCGGUCCAUGAUAUGUACGAGCAGCAGCGGAAAGUAUAGUACACGAAGAAGAACAUGAAUUUGGUGGUAGUUUCAGAAACUAGUUGUAUCUACUUCUUUGGCUUGCGUUUGCAGCAUGACAUAUGCCGUGAAUCUUGCAUGCGAUUUUUUUUCUGCAAUUCUAUCAUAAUCGAUACAGGUGAUCGAUGCCCAAGAAGCGGUGAUUGGAGAGAUGGACACGGCAAACAAAGCUAUUCAGCAGGCUGCAACGCAGAUGCGAGACUUAUUGACGCAGAAGAAGCAAAACGAAGGUAAACGUAAAAGUAAAACGAAAAACAGGCACAAAAAAUAAAGUUAAAGACUAAUGUCACGACGACGUAAACAAAGUUUAAAAUUCUCGCUGCAUCUGACGCUGCGUCUGCUGCCUGUAUGAGGGAGACAGACGCUUGGAGGCUUUCAUCUCAAAAGUGACGAUCUUCUUCUGCUUCAAGGUUGUUCAUGAUCUUGUUCCUGUUUCACCAUAACGCAGGCGUCACGCCAGUCCACCGCGGGACAGGGGCCCGUACCGCGCCGACGACGCCGGCUUAUCACCGCGCUACGACCUCCAGCGCGAAACAGGAUGCCGUGCGGGAGACCGCUUUGGAAAUGCUGAAGAAGAUCUACCCGGAAGACAAGGCGCACCAGUUGCUGGCCCAGGUCACCGGCGCACAGGCAGGGGCCGGGAGCGGCGCUGAAGCUGCUGCGGCUCUGUUUUCGGGCGGCAACGUGCCGGCAAAUAUGGAGUGGAAAAAGAGAUGUUGACCGUGAAUAUUAGAACCAUGCUUGUCGUCGGAGUUUGUGCAGUUUUUACAUCCGAAAUUUUCCUGGCACAUGGUAGACGAAAUUUGGUUUACUAUUUCAGAUUGAUCGCCAACAGGAAUAGCAACCAAUAGCGUAUUAAAGGAACCUAGUCCCGCUCUGCGACCGCAGUUCUGCUCAUGAAGAGUGGCUCUUGAAGUGGCGGCCGCCAUCUUUUUUCCCUGGAUAGCAAGCGCAUCUGGAACAGGCAAGAAAUUUUACACGACCCGAGCCGACCUGAUGAGCGCCCGUCCUGCGUCCGCGGGACCGACAGGCCGCGCCCCGGCGUCGUUGAACGCAACCAUGCCGGCCUCGAUGAGAAUCCCGAGCAGUGUAGUGGGCGCUUCUCCGGGAAAAAAGUUUGAGCCGUCCGCGCGAACCCAGGCAGGGGUGUCUGCGGCCAUGAAAGCGCAGAACCCGGAAUUGGAAGAGACUAUUGGGGAGAUGAAGGUAAGGUUUAAUACUAUUGAACUGCUAAGCAGUUCAUCAUCACGUUGUGGAGUGUUUAUGCAACAUAUGCAGCUGCAAAUAGUUAGCACAGUACUUUAUGUAUAACUAUGCUGAUCCUGAUCCAUAUUUUCGAAUCUUGUCAACGUUGACAUUCUAGUUUUUUCGUAUUAUAGAAGAAGUUUAGCUUGUAAUAUGAGUAUGUAUAAGAUAUGUUCAGAUUCUCAGGAAAAUUUGUAAUGCAAUAGCGCAAAACUACAGCACCUGAUGGAGAAGAUAGCAGUGAUGAAGGAGUUGCUGUCUGGUGCGGACAACAUGGCGGGAGACGGGUAUGCUGGAGGAGAAAAGUGGCCAACGUGUCAGAUGAUGGCAAUUCCAAUUGCUCCAUCGAUCUAGAUAGAAAUAGCAUGGUCUGUGUGGACACCACGAACAGACAACGGCUACGGUUUUUUUAGUGUGUUUUUGUGCUGGCACGCAGAGGCAUGGCUGACUGCACCAGUUCAUCCACUUGUAUUUUCUACUUCGUCCACCUGUAGUUACGAAGAUCUUCAGACCACGACCUGACUCGGUGAAGAACACUUUUUUUUCCGUGUAUACCCGGGGAGAAAAGAUCAACGCCGAGGAUCUUCUAUGAACUGCAAAAGUAUCGUACUCGUAUAAAUGCAUCACAAAUUUUCUCAGCAUGAGAAAUAAAAUUUGUAAUGCUGAUUUGCCUUGACAAAGAAAUUUGUAAUGCAAGACCUGCAUUUAUACGAGUGCGAUAGUUUUGUACAGGAUAUCUUCCACCGGAAGACGAUGAAGACAGCGAGGACGAGGAUGAUAAGGAGGAGGUAUCUUCACUCAAACAUUUGAUGCAAUAUAGCGUUCUUCUUGGAAUGCUGAUGCUCAAUGUCGCUCAUGAAAAAGAGAAUCAAUAGUGUUAAAAGAAAAUUAAAUCGCAGGAUUCCCCCACGACGGCGCCGCUGCGCUCCUCGUCCACAGUCCGCGGACCGUCCCUGGGGAAUAUGCAGAAACAGCUGGCAGAGCUGAAGAAGCAGUCCACCUUGCUGGAGGAGCCGGAGCCCUCGGCGUCUGUGACCGACCUGCUCGAGGCGGCGAAGGACGACGAGCAGCUGGCGACCUAUUUGAAGGACUUGAAGGCCCUGGAGGAGGAAAAAGCGCACAUGGAGGACCAGCUCGUGUCGGCGAAGAGGCAGCAGCACGAGAUGCUGUCGCGCAUGACGGAGAUGAAGAAGAUGCUCUCCAUGUUUGACAACUUGCCCAAGGUGGCCAAGUGA